GUUUUGAAUAGUUGGCAUUCAAAAUUGUGUCAUAUUUGUUAUUAGAAAUAAAAAUAAUUCAAAUUAAAACGCACACAGCCAGCAAUCAUGCCAAAAGGUGUGGAUAAAGUGAAAGUGAACGUAAAGGAGCGGAUCGAGGAUGAAAGCUGUGAUCUAAGCCUCUCCGAGCUGACCGAAAUACCAGUGCGUGAAAUUGCUUCGUUCAAGCGCGUUAUCUUUCUGGACCUCUCCAGCAAUCGACUGGUCACACUCGGCCGCAACUUCACCACGCUCACAAGGCUAAUUCAGCUCGAUCUAAGCAAGAAUCAAAUCCGAGUUCUGCCCGAUGACUUUGGCCAACUGGAGCAACUGCGUCACUUGGACUUGUACGACAACUGCUUGGAGCACUUACCCUUGAGCUUUGGACGUUUGCGUCGCUUGCGCUAUUUAGACUUAAAGGGCAAUCCCUUGACGCCCGCUUGGGAGAAAAUUGUGGGCCGCUGUUCAACGCUGAAGGACUGCCAACAGGCGGCCAAGAAUACUGUCAACGUUUGUGCAAACUACAAGUCGGAAUUCAUUGAACGUGAACGUAUAGCGGCCCAGGAGCGCCAGCUGAGCUCUGCACAAAUGGCAGGCGCUGGCGAUGGCGAUGGCGAUGGCAGCUCCAGCUCGAAUCAUAGCACAAAGACCAAUGGCGGCGAGGCCUCUAAGAAGUCCAACAAGGCAAACAAGAAAUCAAAAUCGAAGAAAUCGGGAGCUGCUGCCGAAAACGAGCUCUCAAUCAAACCUGUGCAUUCAGGCCCCAUCAAAUCCACCAAUCAAAAGAACAAUCAAAAAAAGAAGUCAACAAAUGGCAGCUGCUGGCUUACGGCCAUAUCGGGCGUUGCUUUUUCAUCGCUGAUGACAUUUUUGCUGCUGUUCAUAAUCAAUGUGCUUAUUAUUUAUUUGAUAAUGUUCAAGAACCCGGACAUCGCCGAUAAGCUAGUCGAGUAUAUACCUCAUCAAUAUCGCGACUGGAUACUGACCAAGACGGAAAUCUUUCGACUGCGCGUCACCGAUUGGAUCUCGGAGUUUCGCACCCCGCCGGAGGAGCACUGACGAUUCAUUUAUUUGAAGCCAUAAAGCGCGGGGCUUCAAAUAGAACAAUAACAAUCAUUUAAUAUCGGAUGCAUAGCGCGUGUGUGAAAGCGAUUGAAAAAUUUUAACAAGUGUAGACCACCUCAACAAAUUAGAAGAGUGCGAUUUUGAAACAACCCAAUGUACUGCCCUAUACAUAUGUAUCAUUAAGUAUAUACGUCCAUUGGCAAGAAAUUUUUACCUCACAUACGACAGACCAAACACACACACACACACACACACACACACAGCAUCAGAACUAUAAUAUAAAUGCAAUGCAAACUACUCUCAGUCAAUCUCAUUUUAAACUAACUUUACAAUAGAUCAAACACAAACUCAAUAGUAACUGAAACACAGUUCAAAACUGGCUAACACAUAGAAACUACAGACACAGUCAACGUGCUUCACACGGCCAUAACACUUAUCUAUCAUACAUACAUACAUACAUAUGUACCAGACUCAUAAUAUCUAUGCAAAUGCAAGUGCAUUAUGUAAGAAUUUCUUGUGCAAUUUAUAUUUUGUUUGAAACCCAGCAACAAGUAAAUGUCAGAGAGUUGUUCGAAU